GAAGAUGCUGUAGCGUCCUCGCCGGCGCCCAGCAGGGAAAUGGUCCAGGAGCGCUGGGUGUGAGCCUCCCUGCUCGGCAAGCCGGAGACUGCGGUUGUCAUUGAUCAGUUGAAGAACCAGGACCCGAAAUCACAGACAUUAGCGAUGAUGUGUGAAGUGAUGCCCACGAUUAACGAGGACACCCCGAUGAGCCAAAGGGGGUCCCAAAGCAGUGGCUCAGACUCAGACUCCCAUUUUGAGCAGCUGAUGGUGAAUAUGCUUGAUGAGAGGGAUCGUCUUCUAGACACCCUUCGGGAGACCCAGGAAAGCCUCUCGCUUGCUCAGCAAAGACUUCAGGAUGUCAUCUAUGACAGAGAUUCACUCCAGAGACAGCUGAAUUCCGCUCUGCCACAGGAUAUCGAAUCCCUAACAGGAGGGCUGACUGGUUCUAAGGGGGCUGAUCCACCGGAAUUUGCUGCACUGACAAAAGAAUUAAAUGCCUGCAGGGAACAACUUCUGGAGAAGGAAGAAGAAAUAUCUGAACUUAAAGCUGAAAGAAACAACACACGACUAUUACUGGAGCAUUUGGAGUGCCUUGUGUCACGACAUGAACGGUCACUGAGGAUGACGGUGGUAAAACGGCAAGCCCAGUCUCCCUCAGGAGUCUCUAGUGAAGUCGAGGUUCUCAAGGCACUGAAAUCUUUGUUUGAGCACCACAAGGCCUUGGAUGAAAAGGUAAGGGAGCGACUGAGGGUUUCUUUAGAAAGAGUCUCUGCACUGGAAGAAGAACUAGCUGCGGCUAAUCAGGAGAUUGUUGCCUUGCGUGAACAAAAUGUUCAUAUCCAAAGGAAAAUGGCGUCAAGUGAGGGAUCCACAGAGUCAGAACAUCUCGAAGGGAUGGAGCCAGGUCAGAAAGUCCAUGAAAAGCGUUUGUCCAAUGGUUCUAUAGACUCAACUGAUGAUACUAGUCAAAUAGUCGAACUGCAAGAAUUGCUUGAAAAGCAAAACUAUGAAAUGGCCCAAAUGAAAGAACGCUUAGCAGCGCUGUCUUCCCGAGUGGGAGAGGUGGAGCAGGAAGCAGAGACGGCAAGAAAGGAGCUCAUUAAGACGGAAGAAAUAAACACCAAGUACCAGAGGGACAUCAGGGAGGCUAUGGCCCAGAAGGAAGAUAUGGAAGAAAGAAUCACGACCCUUGAGAAACGUUACCUCAGUGCUCAGAGAGAAUCUACCUCCAUACACGACAUGAAUGACAAACUAGAAAACGAGUUGGCGAAUAAGGAAGCCAUCCUGCGGCAGAUGGAAGAGAAAAACAGACAGUUACAAGAACGUCUUGAGCUAGCUGAGCAGAAGUUGCAGCAGACUAUGAGAAAGGCUGAGACCUUACCUGAAGUAGAGGCUGAACUGGCUCAGAGAAUUGCUGCCCUAACAAAGGCUGAGGAGAGACAUGGAAAUAUUGAGGAGCGUAUGAGACACCUGGAAGGUCAGCUGGAAGAGAAGAAUCAGGAACUUCAAAGAGCCAGGCAAAGAGAGAAAAUGAAUGAGGAGCAUAACAAGAGAUUAUCUGACACUGUGGAUAGGCUUCUCACUGAAUCCAAUGAACGCCUCCAGCUGCACCUGAAGGAGAGAAUGGCUGCUCUGGAGGAGAAGAAUGUUUUAAUUCAAGAAUCAGAAACUUUCAGAAAGAAUCUUGAAGAAUCUUUACAUGAUAAGGAGAGAUUAGCAGAAGAAAUUGAAAAGCUGAGAUCUGAACUUGACCAAAUGAAGAUGAGAACUGGCUCUUUAAUUGAACCCACAAUAUCAAGAACUCAUCUAGACACCUCAGCCGAGUUGCGGUAUUCGGUUGGGUCCUUAGUGGACACCCAGUCUGACUACAGAACGACUAAAGUGAUCAGAAGGCCGCGGAGAGGGCGCAUGGGCGUGCGCAGAGAUGAGCCCAAGGUGAAAUCUCUUGGGGAUCAUGAGUGGAAUAGAACUCAACCAAUUGGAGUACUAAGCAGCCACCCUUUUGAAAGUGACACUGAAAUGUCUGAUAUUGAUGAUGAUGAUAGAGAAACAAUUUUUAGCUCAAUGGAUCUUCUCUCUCCAAGUGGUCAUUCUGAUGCCCAGACACUAGCCAUGAUGCUUCAGGAACAACUGGAUGCCAUCAACAAAGAAAUCAGGCUGAUUCAGGAAGAAAAAGAAUCCACAGAGUUGCGAGCUGAAGAAAUUGAGAAUAGAGUGGCGAGUGUGAGCUUGGAAGGCCUGAAUCUGGCGAGGGUCCACCCAGGUACCUCCAUCACUGCCUCUGUCACUGCUUCAUCACUGGCCAGUUCAUCUCCCCCUAGUGGACACUCAACGCCAAAGCUCACCCCGCGAAGCCCUGCCCGGGAAAUGGAUCGGAUGGGAGUCAUGACGCUGCCAAGUGAUCUAAGGAAACAUCGGAGAAAGAUUGCAGUGGUGGAAGAAGAUGGUCGGGAGGAUAAAGCAACCAUCAAAUGUGAAACCUCUCCUCCUCCCACCCCGAGAGCCGUCAGAAUGACUCACACCCUCCCUUCCUCCUACCACAACGAUGCCAGAAGUAGUUUAUCUGCCUCUCUUGAGCCAGAAAGCCUUGGGCUUGGCAGUGCCAACAGCAGCCAAGACUCCCUUCACAAAGCCCCCAAGAAGAAAGGGAUCAAGUCUUCAAUAGGAGGCUACAUGGAGAGUGAAGCUGCAGCUCAGGAGUCCCUGGGGCUGGGAAAACUCGGAACUCAAGCUGAAAAGGACAGAAGACUGAAGAAAAAGCAUGAACUUCUUGAAGAAGCUCGGAGAAAGGGCCUGCCCUUUGCCCAAUGGGAUGGGCCCACUGUGGUCGCGUGGCUAGAGCUCUGGCUGGGAAUGCCAGCUUGGUACGUGGCCGCCUGCAGAGCCAACGUGAAGAGCGGCGCCAUCAUGUCUGCUCUGUCCGACACAGAGAUCCAGAGAGAAAUUGGAAUCAGCAAUCCACUGCAUCGCUUAAAACUCCGAUUAGCAAUCCAAGAGAUGGUUUCCCUGACGAGUCCUUCAGCUCCUCCGACAUCCAGAACUCCAUCAGGCAACGUCUGGGUGACCCACGAAGAAAUGGAAAAUCUUGCAGCUCCAGCAAAAACGAAAGAAUCUGAGGAAGGAAGCUGGGCUCAGUGUCCGGUUUUUCUGCAGACCCUGGCUUACGGGGAUAUGAACCACGAGUGGAUUGGGAACGAGUGGCUUCCCAGCCUGGGGUUACCGCAGUACCGAAGUUACUUUAUGGAAUGCUUGGUCGAUGCGAGAAUGUUAGAUCAUCUAACAAAAAAAGAUCUCCGUGUGCAUUUAAAAAUGGUGGAUAGUUUCCAUCGAACAAGUUUGCAGUAUGGAAUUAUGUGCUUGAAGAGGUUGAAUUAUGACAGAAAGGAACUAGAAAGAAGACGGGAAGCAAGCCAACAUGAAAUAAAAGAUGUGUUGGUGUGGAGCAAUGAUCGAGUUAUUCGCUGGAUACAAGCAAUCGGACUUCGAGAAUAUGCAAAUAAUAUUCUUGAGAGCGGUGUGCACGGCUCACUGAUAGCCCUGGAUGAGAACUUCGACUACAGCAGCUUAGCUUUAUUAUUACAGAUCCCUACGCAGAACACCCAGGCAAGGCAGAUUCUUGAAAGAGAAUACAAUAACCUCUUGGCCUUGGGAACUGAGCGGCGACUGGAUGAAAGUGAUGACAAGAAUUUCCGACGCGGAUCGACUUGGAGAAGGCAGUUUCCUCCUCGUGAAGUCCACGGAAUCAGCAUGAUGCCUGGGUCCUCAGAAACACUACCAGCUGGGUUUAGGUUAACCACAACAUCCGGGCAGUCCAGGAAAAUGACAACGGAUGAUGUCGUCUUUUCGGUCUACACUACCUGAAGUGCACUACCACCUCAGAAGGGGGGGGCAAUGGAGACCUUCGUGGAGACUGAAUUCCAAGGAAAUAACAACAAAGCGACGAUUUAAUAAAAGCUGAAAAAUGCGAUUGGGGGGGAGUCCGACAUUACAUCUGAUUAGUUUACUACAAUUGUAAUAAAACGCUUAAGUCAUUUGGAUAAUAAACAUGAUCCACGUCGUAAAUUCUGUACAACAGAUGCUUUUAUGAAAUGAAGCCACUUGUUUUUUCAUGUUUUCUUGUAAUAUACUAGACAUUUAUGUAUGACCGUGUAUUUCUUUUUAAAUGUGUCUUAAUGUAAAUGGAUAUAAAUAUGAUUUUUUAAAAAAUAAAUUAUAUGGUUCAUGGAGUCUCAAGUGCAAACAUUUGACAAUUCCAAGUACUCUUUGUAUUCUAUCAUGCCACCAUUUCUACAGUUUCUGGAUUGUAACGGUCAAUCGAUAUGUUUCCUUGAAGCAUAUUCCACAUGUUUCUCCUUCAAGUCUGUCAAUCCUUAAAAGCUGAACACCUGCCUCUGAUCAUGUAAAAAAGAAUGAUUUAACCUGGAACUGGAGCCAAAAAUAGACCUUCCAAGGCAAUCAGGGAUGUCCUAUAUCUUUAGAAAUAGCACUGUGACGGCUCGAUCUCCUUUUCAAUACAAAACAAAGCCAAACUGUUUACAAUAGUCAAAAGCAAUUAUUUAAAAAUUUAUAUAUAAAAACAUUAUCUUGUUACCUGUGGACCAAGGGGAGGGGGGGAAGACUUCUUUACUAAGAACCAUGUGUUUAUUCAAAUAUCUUAAACCGCCAGCCAGCACUGGACAGUGAAUGUCAACCACUUCAGAGUCUGAGGCUCAUUUCUGAUGGAAAAAACAAAACCCCAGAAACCUUUUCGUUUUGUCAAUCUAACAGGGCAUUAGCCAGACUCACGUCUAAUGUUAUAAGCUUUUUGCCGAGAUGGCCUUGUUGAGACUUCCCUAAAGUCAGUUUUAUCAGAGGAAAUAAAUGAAAGACAGAAUGAUUAACAUAUAUACUGUAUAAAAGUAUAGAAGAGUAAUCUCUUCCCUGUGGCUUUAUUUGGUCGUGUUAUACUGUUGUUUAUUCUUUGUUUAUAUGGAAGAUUUCAAAGUAAAACCUAUUUAAUAAUACCACUUAUCUAACCGCUGAUUUUCUGCUGCUUGAUCUUACUAAGCGCAAGACCUGUCAUUAGUAAUUUCUCUUUUGUACUUUAAUUUGCUAUGUUUGCACGUACAUUACCUUUGUUUUGAUGUCUAUUUUUGUUUUAACAGAUUCAGUCAAAAGAUAAUGGUAACAGAAACCCUCUCCAUUGUCAAUAAAAAAAAAAAAUACUUCCA